GUAAGGCACAAGACCAGCCAGCAGGGAGAGUUUUUCCAUUGCUAAUCAAGCAACGUUUAGCCGGGCGGCAAGAAGCCAAGAAAGCAUGGGCAACAGCCUGCGGUGCUGCCUGGCCUGCGUCCUCCCCUGCGGGUCUUUCGACUUGAUCCGCAUCGUCCACCUCAACGGCCACAUCGAGGAGUACUCCCGCCCGGUCACCGCCGGCGAGGUCAUGGCGGCGCAUCCCAGCCACGUGGUGAGCCGGCCGUGCUCCCAGGGCGGCGCGCGGCGGAUCCUCAUUGUCGACCCCGAUUCGGAGCUAGAGCGGGGCUGCUUCUACUUCCUGGUGCCGACCUCGUCGGUGCCGGAGAAGAAGAGGAAGCCGUCGUCGCAGCCACAACAGAAGAAGGUGCGGUCAUCGCCCACGUUGAAGCCGACGAGCGUGCCGAGCAGUGCCGGCGCCGGCGCCAAUAAGGUGACGAAAGACCGCGGCGCCGGCGACAGCUACCUGGCGGAGGUGCUGUCGGAGGGCAAGGCCAGGUGCAAGCGCAGCCGGAGCGUCCGCGCGACGGUGUGGCGGCCGCAUCUUCAGAUCAUCCCGGAAGAAGCUCUCGAGUGAAAUCUGCUGUGUUAGCUUGGUCCCUGUUGUACAUACGGGUCUGGUUGUGCAUGGUGUACCGUGCACGUACAAGGACGACCGAACGGCGCCGCGUAGCCAUGCGUGACGUGGUGGGCGGUGAUGGCCCUUGGGUCGUCCAGUUUUAGGUGAGAGGCCGGCGAUCGCCGCCGGCUGCUUCUCCCUUGUAGUUUUUCUCAGUCUCUCGGUGUUUUUCCCGCUCUCUUCACUGCCGGCCAGAUCGGGCUGCUUUGAAGGCAGUGAGAGUAGUUGGGUUUUGGUUGCCCUCGAUGGCAGAGAGAACAGGAGAAGCAGAAAACAAGUCUGCAAAAGCUUUUUUUUUUUACGGAUGUAAUGACAAGAAGCCAGUAAAGUUCAGCAGAAAAUUCAAUUUUGUUGUCCAUCUUGUCAGGAUUACGUUUUAUUUUUUUGAGCAAAUCUUGUCAGGAGUACGUGCGUUGUUCAUCUCUGAUGCAUCCUCCAAUGAGUUGUAUAUAUACUCCCUCCGUUUCAAAAUAGAUGACUCCACUUUAUACUAACUC